CGCCUGCGCAGCUUGUGUCUGACGUCACCGGAGUCUCUCUUCCGCCGUCAGGCUGCUGUCACACAGCGACAAUGUUAUCCCAUUCCCGGUGUCUCACCAGGAACUUUAGCCGUUCUCUCUCAGCCAUCCGCCAGGGGAAUAAUGUGUUAGCUGGUCGGGCCACGGCAGCUCUGUCAACUAGCCCCUCUGUCAUUUUUAACAAUGUAAAAUACAAUCCCCGAUCCAAUGUCUUCCAAAUCCAGUAUUUCAGGACAUCUGUAGCCUACAGAAAUGAAGUUGUUACAGUCAAGACCCCUGCAUUUGCUGAGUCUGUCACAGAGGGGGAUGUGAGGUGGGAAAAAGCUGUUGGAGACACUGUCUCUGAAGAUGAGGUGGUGUGUGAAAUUGAGACUGAUAAGACAUCAGUACAAGUUCCCUCUCCUUCUGCUGGAGUGAUUGAGGAGCUUUUGGUCCCAGAUGGGGGGAAGGUUGAAGGAGGAACACCACUUUUCAAGCUUAGAAAAGGAGCGGGUGCUCCCAAAGCUGCAGGAGCACCGAAAGCCGAGGCCCCGGUUGCUGCAGCCCCUCCACCACCUUCUGCUGCCCCACCUCCCCCUCCUCCAUCAGCUGUGGGACCCAUUCCGACCACCAUGCCCCCUGUGCCAACCGUGCCAGCACAUGCUAUGGCCACCAAACCAGUUUCAGCCAUCAAACCCACUGCUGCCCCAUCGGCACCAGCACACGGGGAGGGUGGGGCUAAAGCGGCAAGGACGGAGAGCAGGGUUAAGAUGAACCGCAUGAGGUUGAGAAUUGCUCAGAGACUGAAAGAAGCCCAAAACACCUGCGCUAUGCUGACGACAUUUAACGAGGUCGACAUGAGCAACAUCUCAGAGAUGAGGAAGGCGUACAAAGAUGCCUACCUGAAAAAGCAUAACGUCAAGUUGGGCUUCAUGUCUGCGUUUGUGAAGGCUGCUGCUUACGCUUUAACAGACCAACCUGCUGUCAAUGCCGUAAUCGAUGACACAACCAAAGAGAUUGUGUACAGGGAAUACGUUGACAUCAGUGUGGCUGUGGCCACGCCGAAGGGUUUGGUGGUUCCAGUCAUUCGAAAUGUAGAGGGAAUGAACUUCACUGAUAUUGAGAAGGCAAUCAAUUUGUUGGGAGAGAAGGCUCGUAAGAAUGAGCUGGCUGUUGAAGACAUGGAUGGAGGAACCUUCACCAUCAGCAACGGUGGGGUGUUUGGGUCCAUGUUCGGCACGCCAAUAAUCAACCCACCGCAGUCUGCCAUUCUAGGCAUGCAUGGCAUCUUUGACAGACCUGUUGCCAUUGGCGGAAAGGUGGAGAUCCGUCCCAUGAUGUACGUCGCUCUGACGUAUGAUCAUCGUCUGAUUGAUGGAAGAGAGGCUGUCACUUUCCUGCGUAAGAUCAAGGCAGUGGUGGAGGACCCCAGGGUGCUGCUCCUCGACAUGUGAACAGUUGUCAGCUCCAGGCCCAACCAAAGGAAAAACACCCGAUGUAAACAGUGGCUGCAAUCACCUGAUGACAAUUACUGUAUCUACAGUUAAUGUGUUAUGUUGCUUAACUAGAAAACAGAAAUGACCAGUUGGGCUGUGCAAUGGACAUUUGUAACACUAGCAGUGAUGACCGGUCUGGAAGUGUUGGGAUCUGGGGAUUCUGGUGCUGGUUCAUAGAUCAAAGAAAAAAAAGAAAAAUGAAAAAAUAUUCUACGACUUUGUUCGCCAUGUGUCAUUUUCUACAUGCAAUUGGAAAAAAAAAAAAUCCACUUAUUGUGAGAUGACAGGUAAAUACAAAUAAAACUGCAUAUUGUAAUUUUAUUGUUUUGGUUGAGAGAUGAACAAUGAGCACAUGUUAAACUAGAAAAAAAGAAAAACACUUAAAAUCUCCAAAGUGACAACAAUCCUCCAAGGUUUUAUGCCAUCUAGUUAACGAAAUAAGGGGACAAUUCUCUUUUUGCUGUGUAAAAAGGCUAUUUAAGAAAACAAAAUGUUUUAAACAAUAAAAACCUCAUUACCCAGCUGUA